CUCCAACGUCACUGAGCAAGCCUGUCACGACACCCCCGACGCGUCCACUUCCUUCCCAAUUCCGCAACGAACUUGUCCUCGACAGCACACCCGGACAUCACGGUAACCCAUGGUGUGAUAUGGCGACUCAAAACGAAGUUACGCUUCCAGCGAUGCGUCGGACACGCAAGUCCAUAGGAGGCGACACUUCGACGAGAAAGACACUCGACAAGGAGAAUCGGACACUCGACGUGGGCGGCGCCAUGGCCGGCAGUAGGAAGAAGUCGAGAAGCAAGAGCAUGGGUCCCGGAGGACUGGAUGCCCUCAAGAAGAGCAACGGUAACCGCAGAGCAUCUCUUGCUGUCCCGCCUCCACGAUCGAUACUGAAGCCCACAAUACCACUCCUCCCCGAAAUACCGUCCUACAAGCCAAAGGAAACACCGGGCAGCAAUGGUGGGGGGGGCGAAACCGGGGGGACUAAGAUUGCCUUGCGGACCGAAGAAGAACAGCAAGCCGCUGUGCGGGAACGGGAGGAGCACGAAAGAGCCCGAUUAGAGAAAGAAAUCAAAGACAGGAGAGAUGCAAGGCGGAAAUCUCUGGCAAACCGCCGCGUCUCGUUCGCAGCAGAAGCGACGCUGCACACCUUUCACGAGGUCGAGGAAAUGCAGGACUCUACCACCUCGACCGAUUCAACGCGCCGAGCAUAUUCGAUUGCUGGACAACCCUCUUCUGUGCAGCAAGAUCAACAGCCAACUGCAGCCCAGCCAUCCACGCCCGCAGACCACGUCGACGACCAUGUGGCCGAAUCCCCAGCCAAACAGAGAGACUUUCAUCAGACGAAACGCCGGCGGAGCUCGGCCGCCUCGUCGAUGUACGGCUCAGACGAUACCGUGGCAUCUUCGCUUUACGACUCAGACUUAGAGCAUGCCGAGGUUCAGGCCAUCGAAAUGGAGGACUCCAGCGAUGACGAAGAUGGGACCAUCAUGACGGUUGAGGCUGAGGAGAUGACAUCGGCAUCGACAGCAUCAGCUGGGUCCCCGUCAGCCGGCGAUACUACUGGGAGCCUAGACGAGAAUCUCCGGCUGGCAGCUCGACGGGCCGUUACUCAGAGUCUCGAUGAAGAUGAGGAGGUUAUUGAAGGCUUUGCUGGGUGGGGGAGAAAGAAUUCCUCGCAGGAAAAUGUCAGCCAAAGUAAUACGAAGGAGAAAAAUACCUCGGACGAAAAGGCUGAUGAUCAAGGCUCGGAAAUGGACAUGGACAUGGAUAUGACCAGCGCUGUGGGGGGCAUUCUGUAUCCUCAACUUCCGUCUCCCGACAAGGACGAUGAAGUGAAUGAGGAUAUGUCCAUGGAUGUGACCACAGCGCUCGGCGGGAUUCUCUCGAAAGCGAAGGCAUUCUUGCGGCGCAAAUCCAUCAACCCUAGCUCGCAACCGGCGCCGAGUGAAUUCGGAGACCAAACCAUGGACUUCACUACCGCAAUUGGAGGAAUCCAACAGGGCGGGGUAUUUGAUACUAGCAACGUUGAUACGGAUGAAAACGAGGACAUGUCCAUGGAGCUCACUACCGCAGUGGGCGGCCUGCUAUCCGGCUUAUCCAAAGGCGAUGUUCAGAACAAACGGCGGCGAACAAUAGCGAAAGAAGUUGAGGACGAUGACAGCACCAUGAUGGACAUGAUCGGGCCGGUUGGCCGAAUCCUGCCCACCAGAGCGGAGGAGGACGACGGCGACCAGACGAUGGGGAUGGAUAUGACCAUGGCUGUGGGAGGCAUUAUCAAAUCCGCAUCCACACCCGAGGCGCGAUCUGCAGCCAGAAAGAUUAUGGAACAGGAAGCUGACGAACCUGAUUAUUCAAUGACGACAACCGCCGAACAAGCAACAGCCCCGAAGCAACCAGCUGCUCUCAUUGCGGAUGAGAAUGCUAGCCCUGGAAUUUCGGCCUUUCAAGGCGCGGGGCUUCGUCGCACACCGCCUCGCACGGAGUCGCCAGCUGCAAGGUCACCGGGGCAAUCAAGCAGUUCCCCGAUGAGGCUGACCCCAUCCCCCAAGAGAACCGCCAUGCAAGCACGGCGCGGUCCCACGAGGACGCCUCCGUCAGUAUUCGGCAGCCACUCCAGUUCGCCCAUACGCAAUCUCUCGUCUCCGGUCAAGACUACCCCCCGAUCGCCUGCUAGGUCAAAGCUGUUCCAUCAAGAUCCCAGUACUGGGCUGAGUACUCCGCGGGUCGUUCUGACUCCACAAGGUCGUCGGCUAUCUGGCGUUGGUGCGGACCGGCCCGGUUUAGGUUCCCCGCGCGUUGCUGAGAUCUUCGACCGCAGAGAAUCCAUCGGAGAAGCAGCCAGGCCCUUUGUGCCAACACAGCCUGCCAACCCCCGACGGAACGUGGCCUUUACUGAUCCGCGAGAGAUGGAAGCUGAGAUUGACAGAGAGCGUCAGGAUCAACACGAGAGAGAGGACAGCAGGUUGAAUAUGGAACGAGAGGUCAAUGGCUCACUAGACGACCGCGAGGGAUCAGUCAACCUGAGGGAGAUGAUUCAGGGGCUUAGUCCCAAGAAAAACCCUCUCAAGGGCCGGAAGAGCAUCCUUGUGGGCAGCGCGCUUGGCCUUCUUGGUAAGCGACCGGCCGAGCUCGGCGAUGAUGACGAGUCGGAGGAGUCGGAGGAGUCGGACGGCGUCAAGCGACUUAAGGGUCAUCAGGGCAGCCCCGUCAAAAACAUCAGGCUCCAGUCUCCCCCUUCGAAGGCCGAGACAACAACCGGCAGAAAGACACGACCGAGCAUGAGGCCGGCGGAGCUCCUGGACGCCGACAGCGUUACGCCCACCGUGACAAGUUCGCCGCAAAGAGCUACAACACCUAAGGGACAAGGCCGAUUUAGGAAUGCCGAUAAUGACCAGCCAAUGGCCACAAUCGACUUCGAUCAUGCUGUUCCCAUGGAUGAAGCCGAGGCGCAAUUCGAGGAUGAUGGAGAGCGUAUUCAUCUGCAAGACUUCCUGAACAUGACCAGCAUCCGCUUCAUGGAGUUGACAACGACCAAACGGAGACACACGGUCGCGCCAGGCACCUCUAGAGAGAGCACAGCCGCUGGUGGCAAAGACGACUUGUCUUUUGAGAGAUGUGUGGUGGCGGGUGCCUGUACGGUGCCCAUGCUGGAGCUGUAUCAGCACUCUUGCCGCGAGUUGAAGAAGUAUAUUUCCGAGGGACGUCGCAUCGUCCGCGAGAUUGAGACGGAGACUUUCGAAGAGAACCCGCCGCUCUUCAGGGAGUAUAUGACGGCCUCACCGGACUUCAAGGUUCUUAUGGACAACCAGUUCAAAAACGUCAAGACUCACGCACGGCUGCUGAGCAAAGCCAUGUGGUACGAGUGGCGUAUGAAGCUGCAGGACGGGCUCAAGGAGGGUCUUCUCAAGACGGCAGAAGGCAUGGACAAUGAUGAGAGGCUGCUGGAGAAACAGGAAGAGCUCCUAUCGUCGAUCCUGCCCGACAUGGUCAAGCGCCUUAAGGAGCUUGAGGGGGAGCACGUGAACCUCGAGGCUCUCGCUCAGGAGCUUGCGGACUGCGACCCCCAGGAUCUUGAAGACGCUCGGGCAGAGCUUACAGCGGUGGGUGACAGCAUCGCUGAGAAAGCGAGAAAGCUGGCAGAGCUCCAGCGAGAGCUGGAAGAGUCAGUCCAAGACGCCGAGACUCUCGCACAGCAAAAGCAGCAUUACAUCGAACAGAUCAGGGAAGCUGACAAGGUCCGCGAGGAGUGCCGAGGGUGGUCUUCGGACGAGGUCAGCAAGCUCAAAGCCCAAACAGACGCCGUCGAAAAGAAACACGGGUGGGCCAUCCGUUCCAUCUCAGGGACCACCAUCACGAUGCGCUACAAGCGCGAGAUCGAACUGGUCUUUGACCUCGCGUUGCCUCAGCGGCAGCAACGACAACAACAAGAGCAACAGCAAACCCGCUUUGUCAGCCUCCGCUACGUUGCAAAAACACCCUCGCAGUGCCCACCAGAAAAGGAGUUCUUCCUGCACCACAUCCGCGGGCACCUCCUCCGCUCCCAACAACAAACCAAGGCCUCCCCCUCCUCCUCCUCCUCCUCUACUGUCACCCAUCAUCCCAAGCGUUUGCUCGGCAUUGUCAGCUCGGCGUGGGACAGGGCUGGCGCUGUGUCGGAGCACAUACGCCGGCUGAGCUUGUGUUUCCCCACCGCCGUCGUGCUGCGCACUGGUGCGCAAACGCCGGAGGAAGACGUGGGAGCCGGCACCGGCACCGGCGCUGGCGUGAGCGUCACGGCGUCGAUGUUGCUGGCGCCGCUGCAGACGAGGGUCGAGGUGGUGCUUGAGUUGGGGAUGGAGAGGCGGGGUGAUGACGGCGGGGUGGAUGUGGUGGUUUCGCCUGAGGCGAGGGUCGUGUAUGGCGAGUCGUUUAAUGAGGGCAAGAUGAAGGAGUUUUUGGCGGGGAGGGUUUGGGGGGGUAAUGGUGGUGGAAAUGGAGGGGAUGAGAGGGUCGGGUGGGUUGAGGCUGUUUUGGAAUUGUAUAAGAGGUUGUUGGUUAAGGGAAGGCAGAGGCAGUGAGCGGUUGGAGUUUGCUUUGGUGGGGAGGGAAUAGCUUGGCCGUGGCAUGGGACAGGGCAGGAACGGACAAUCUGGGUUGGGGUGGAACUGGCUGGCUUGUUGGCGGGAAUGGUUUAGGCCAAAGAUACCCCGUGGGUGAAUGGACUUGUAUCAUGAUUUCAGAGUAUUUUCCUUGGUUUGCAAAGCUAUUUCAGCUCUUGCUCCAUGAGGUGCCCCCCAUGGUGGUGUGGGUGCUUGUCAUCCAAAUUAGAACGUGCGGCUCAAGCGUUGCCCUGGCAACCGCCCAACGUCAAGUCAUGGCCAUUCUCGCGCCGGAUAAGGAGAGAACAAACCUAAUCAUCGGCUCAAACGACAC